AUGGCUCCCCUCCAACCCCCUCCCCCGCUCGAAGGAAAGAAACGCCGCAUUGGUAUGAUGACCAGUGGAGGAGACUCUCCCGGAAUGAACGGAGCGAUCAGAGCUGUGGUUCGAACUGCAAUUGACGCUGGCUGUGAGGUCUACUGUAUCUACGAGGGCUACGAGGGUCUUGUCAAAGGGAAAGACUUCAUCCGAAAGUUCGAAUGGCCUUUCGUCCGUGGCUGGCUUUCCGAGGGCGGUACAUUGAUUGGUACAGCAAGAUGUAUGGAGUUCUACGAGCGUCCUGGUAGACUGUUGGGUGCGAAAAACAUGGUUCUCAAUGGCAUUGAUGCACUCAUCAUCUGUGGUGGUGAUGGCUCUUUGACUGGAGCUGACAAGUUCAGAGCAGAGUGGCCCGGCUUGCUCGAGGAACUCGUUCAGACAGGAGAGCUUACUGCAGAACAGACCAAACCAUUCAAACAUCUCAAUAUUGUUGGUCUAGUUGGGUCAAUUGAUAAUGACAUGUCGGGAACCGAUGCUACAAUCGGUUGUUACUCCGCCUUGGGCAGAAUUUGCGAGAUGGUAGAUUAUAUUGAAGCAACAGCCUCUUCCCAUUCCAGAGCUUUUGUUAUUGAGGUCAUGGGCAGGCAUUGUGGGUGGUUGGCUCUCAUGGCAGGCGUUGCAACUGGAGCUGAUUUCGUUUUCAUUCCCGAGAAACCAAGAGCAGAAAACUGGAAAGAAGAAAUGUGCGGACUUAUCGCCGAGCAUCGAAAAUUUGGAAAACGAAAGACAAUCGUGAUAGUUGCUGAAGGCGCGCACGACCAGGAUGGAGGGAAAAUUACUUGCGAAAUGAUCAAAGACCUUCUAGCAGACAAGAAAGGUUUGGCCUUGGACACCCGAAUAACGACUCUUGGGCAUGUGCAACGAGGAGGAACGGCAUGUGCUUAUGAUCGUAUGAUCGCAACUCUACAAGGUGUAGAGGCUGUCAAGGCGGUGCUUGAUGCUACACCAGAUACGCCAACUCCAUUUAUUGCCAUCAACGAGAACAAAAUCACACGAAAGCCUCUCGUACAAGCAGUUAUCGACACCAAAGAGGUUGCGAAAGCGAUAGAAGCCCGAGAUUUCAAGAAAGCUAUGGGACUUAGGGAUACCGAGUUUAUAGACAUGUACGAUUCGUAUAUGACAACAACUGCGACGAGCUUGAAUAAGAGCAUGCUUCUCCCUGGAGACAAGCACAUGAGAAUUGCAAUCAUUCACGUAGGCGCACCAGCUGGAGGGGUGAAUGCUGCAACUCGUGCAGCUGUUGCGUACUGUUUGACUCGUGGACACACUCCAAUUGCUAUCCACAAUGGUUUUGCUGGUUUCGCACGUCAUCACGAUGAUAAGCCAGAGGGAGCGGUCCGAGAAUUCAACUGGCUCGAGGUUGAUGGCUGGGCGAGUAAAGGUGGUUCAGAAAUCGGUAUGAACCGUGAAACCCCAGAGGAGUCCGGAAUGGAGUUGAUUGCUUCUCUCAUUGCAAAAUACAAAAUAGACGGUCUAUUUAUCAUUGGAGGAUUUGAGGCAUUCCAUUCUUUGUCACAACUUCGACAAGCUCGGAAGGACUACUCUUCACUUUGCAUCCCUAUGACUCUACUUCCUGCAACGAUAUCCAAUAACGUCCCCGGGACUGAAUACAGUCUAGGUUCAGACACUUGUCUGAACGAGUUGAUGAACUAUUGCGACAAGAUCAAACAGUCUGCCUCCGCAUCCAGACGGAGAGUUUUCGUCAUUGAGACUCAAGGCGGGAAAUCCGGUUAUAUUGCUACACUCGCUGGUCUCUGCGUCGGUGCCGUUGCGGUGUAUACACACGAGGAAGGAAUCAGCAUUGCCAUGUUAGCAGCUGACAUCGACCACUUGCGUAAAGCAUUCGAGUCAGAUUCAGGUCAAUCACGAGCUGGUCGUCUUAUUCUCGUCAAUGAGAAAGCAAGCAAAGUCUACACUGCGAGGCUUAUUGCGGAUAUGAUUCGCGAAGAAGCACAUGAUCGAUUCGAGUCUCGUGAUUCUAUUCCUGGCCAUGUUCAACAAGGAGGCGUACCAUCUCCUAUGGACCGUACGCGUGCUGUAAGGCUUGCUAUCAAAUGCAUUGAACAUCUUGAGGGGUUUCAAGAUCGAAGAGAUUCAACUAUAUUAGACGAUGAUCAGUCAUGUACUGUGAUUGGAAUUAAAGGAGCCAGCGUUGUUUUCACGCCCAUGAAAGAAGUAGAAGAGAAGGACACCGAUUGGAAGAAUCGUAGACCACUAAACGAGUUCUGGUCUCCGCUAAAGCACAUCGUAGAUGUUUUGAGCGGACGACCAGAAGUUCCGCGGCCAGAGAGGAAUUUAGAGGGGUUCAAGGCCAAGGACAAGAAAAGAGGAAUUGCAUAG